UCACCGGGUUCAGUGCCGUCUGAACCAGCCGUGCUGGCGCCUGCAAGCACCCACAGGUCAGCGUAUCACACCAUCCAUCAGCGAGACAUAGAGAAUUUGGAUGUGGAGAUAAUGGGGACACAGGGGUUAUUUAUCUUACUCAGCACCCUACAGUACAUGCAGGGUAUGCAAGGUUCUGCACUUCUAGAUUCUCUUACCUGUGUCAACGACUACAACACACAUUGGAAAUGUCAAUGGAAAAUAAGUGAAGAGGCACACAAGCUGCUCCCCAUGGAUCUAAUCCACUGGAGUGAAACAUCCAGCAAAUAUCAAUCCUGUGAAAAGGUCGGCUCUGACGAGAUCAAAGAUGGAGAAAUAUAUAUGACCUGUCAAAUUAAUGAAACAUUCUACUAUGCAUUGACUUCCCAGUACACCUUCCAACCAAGGUGGAAUGUCAGUAAAACUACUCACGUCCAUCCAAACUCUAAUGUCCAGAUGUCACCACCAGAAGGAUUAAUUGUACAAAAGUCUGAUUUAAAGAAUGGGUCCAUAACCCUUCGAUGGAGAAUGCCUGAUAAUAUUUCUUACCAUAGAUCUCUACUUUACCAAGUCACCUACUACAGAAAGGACUGGGAGUCUUGGGAGGAUGCUGCUGUGCUUAAUGUUAUGGGAAAGACAGACGUCAGCUUAAGUCCUGGGCUGUUUGUUCCGGGUAGCACCUACCUGUUUAGAGUCCGCUCCGUUCCAGACGAAGAACACCGGUACCGUAGUGCCUGGAGUGACAGUAUAUCCUGGAUGAUGCCUGAAGAAGAGGACAGAGCUAUCCUACAAAACCUGCAUUGUGAAUACGAUGGCCUCGCCCAAAUGAAGUGCAGCUGGGAAGUAAGGAAAGAGCUGAGUUCUAUUUUCUUCAUGUUGUACUACAAAGAUGGUGCUGGCUAUGGUACAACCGAGACAUCUAUACAUGGAGAGAACCCAUGCAACAAUAUAUCAAGUGAAAUAAAAGAUGGGACGCCAUAUGUACUCUAUAGCUGUACAUUCCACAUUAACUCUUCUCAAGCAAAUAGCUCUUUUGACAUUCAAGUCCGACCACAUGUGCAGAAAAACUUCACUGCUUAUGAACACAUUCAGACUAAUCCUCCCACAGAUCUCCAGAUAAAGGAUCCAUUAAAAUAUAAAUACAAGUUGGGAUGGAGUCCACCAGAGGUUCCACGUUCUACCAUGAAGCUAAAAUACCAGUUGUGCUACUGGAAGCAAGGUGAUGAUGAAUGUCCUGAUCUCAAAUUGAUUACUGUAUCUAGUAAUGCGCUUGAAUAUUAUAUUCCAAGUUCUGAGCUCUUGAGUUCUACUAACUACAUAGCGAAGGUGCGAGCAAAGCCUGAUAUAGAUUCAAAAUACAAUGGACCAUGGAGUGACUGGAGCCGAAGCUAUUCAUGGAAAACUGACAAAGAAGUGAACACAGUGGCCAUAAGUGUUGCAUCAUUUGUCAUUUCAGUAGGAGUUUUGCUUUGUAUUUAUCUUGGGUUUGUGUGUUUAAAAAGAUUUAAGCAGCAGUGGGAGGAUUCCAUCCCUGACCCCAGGAAAAGUAAACAAAGCCGCUUCCUACUGGGAUACCGAAGUACAGAUUUCCCACAGUUUAUAAGUCAGGAUUUCUAUGCAGAAGUGGAAGGGUCCUUGGUACUUCUGCAAAUCAGCCAUAUUGAAUCACGGAAUUCAGAAAGGGAUGUUUCAGAAGAAUAUGAAGUGGAGACACCUUCAGAGCCUAGUGAAUCUCUACUGGGACCAUACUCACUGCCACCACCUACAGCAGAGGAAGACCAGAAUCUCCAAGCAGCCAGCACACUGCCAGAGAUAGAAGGCGCUCUUGACUUAAAAGAAGCAUCCAUAUCACAGUCAACAGGGCAUCCUUCUAAGAUGGGUUGCAAAAGUCCAAACUUCAUUUUUACUCAUGCACAAUUCAUGUCAGAUCUAAUUCCAAAAGAGUCCAAGUCUUCAGAGUACUUCAUCCUACCUAAAUGUCAAAGUAAGGUCUUCAGUUCUCCAAAAGAGUUCAUCCCAACUUCCCAGACUAUAUGCCCUGGAAAUCAAAUGAGUUAUGUGUUGAGUAUGGAAAAAAACCCUCCUCUGCAGAUACCUCUGAAGGACAAUGAAGAUAAGCAUGAGUCUAAGAAAAGCAACUACUUUGCUAUUCCAGCACCUUCUGAAGUCCAAGCCGCCCAACAAAGACCUGUGAUGGUCAUUAAUCAUGAUGGGACUGGUCCAGUUGUGCUGAAGCAGGUGGGAGAUUAUUGCUUCUUUCCUGGAAUUCAGGAGAACCUAGAAAGGAAGACAGCACAAGCCACUGGCAAAAUGUCUCUGCAGAUGCCAAAAGGAGUUGCUCUUCCUGCUGUACAAACAUUCAAAGCGAUGCAAAGAGAUUACAUUGCUUUUCCACAGAGUUAGAAAGUUAUUUUCUGUCAAGAAGUAAUGCCUUUCAUGAAACGUAUCGCCUAAGGCAAUGCUGGGAUAGGUCAUACUCACCUUACUCAUCUCGUUUGGAUGCGCCCUGGCACCAUUCAUUGUCUAUAGAUGGUGUUGAAGAUAGCUGCACAAUGAAUUAGGCUAUCUCCACCAACUCCCAUUGACAAUAAAUGCAGACGUGAGACCCGGGACCUCCUUCUCAGGAUUGGUAGUAGGGAAUGUGUUUAUGGGUGGAAUACCCAUUUAAUGAAUAGUCAUUCUGUAUAAUCUGUGAUUAAUAUUGUUAUCACAGUUCAUGCACUUUUUUAAGAAGUUAAUGACUGAAGUUUAAUGUACAAAAAAAAUAAAACCCUGUAUACAAUAGAACAUUUUUGGUGUUGUGUUUAUCACAUUCUUAGCAUAGAUAAUUUUAUGAGACA